AUGGCUCGUCGACUUGUAUCAGAAGAUUCUGAUGAAGAAGAAUUUCAAGAAACUCAAUAUGGUAAACUUCAAAAUAGUUAUCGACAUGCUCGUGAAGAUCAACGUGAAUAUACAAUUGAAAAAAAAGAUCAAUUACGAAUGCAAAGUAAAACUUUACAACAAUUAACAAGAGAACGUGAAGAAUUAGAAAAAGUUUUUCUUUUGGCUGAAAGUCUUGAAAAUCAAAAACGUGAUGAAGAAAAAACAAGAAAAUUACAAGAACUUAUUCAAACGAAAGAUGAAAUACAAAGUGAAAUACAAAAUGAAAAAUCUUUAUCAAGUGAAUUAGAUAUAAAAUUACGUGAAUGGGAAAAGAAAAUUCGUCAAAAACAAACAGAAAUUGGUGGUGCAAAUGCUGCAGUUACAUUUAAUGCAAAUGUUCGUAAACAAGAACGUGUUUUAGAAAAUCGAUUAGAUACAGCUCUUAAACGAUUUAAUUCAUUACUUACUUCGAAUAGUUUAUUACGUGCUGAAAUUGAUAAUUUACGAAAUGAACGAGAACGUUUCGAAAAUUUAUCUCGAAAAUCUGAAAAUGAACUUCGAGAGUUACGAACUCAAUUAGUCGAUUGUAUUGAACGUUCUGUUACCUCCUAUGAACAACGUAAAGAUGCUAAUGCUAAGGCCAUUCUCCUUCAAACUAAAGCUGAAACAGACAAAGCAGCAUCUGAAGCAGAAAUGAGAGAACUUGAACGACAAAUUUCACAUGAUCGUAAAUUACGUGAUUUUAUGAAACUUAAAUCACAAGAACGACAAGAAGAUGAAGAACUUGUUACAUAUAGAAAACGAAAAGAAGCUGAUGCUGCUGAAAAACGUCGUAAAGAAAAGGAAGAACAUUCAGUUGAAGCAUAUGAAAGUAAAUUUAAACGUAUUCAAGAAAUUAGUGGUGAACAAGAUUUAGAUAAACUUGUUGACAAAUUUAUUGAAGUCGAAGAUAAAAAUUUUGCUUUAUUUAAUUAUGUUAAUGAAUUAAAUAAUCAAAUUGAAAUAUUACAAGAACAAAUUACUGACAUUAAAAAAGAAAUUCAUCGUUUUGAAGGACAAGGUGUUGAAUUAGAAGAACAACGACAACGAUUACUUGAACAAAUUGAAGAGAAACGUUCAAGAGCAAAUGCAUUAGCUGAUGAAUAUGAAGAAAAAACUCGAGCAGCACGAAAAAUUCUUGAUCAAUGUCGAGCUGGUAUUGAUUCUUUGUUCAAAAAAACUGGUUGUGAUCGUCGACAAAUUGAGAAUUUAUUACAAAGUCAUGAAGGUGUAACGGAAGAUAAUAUGUUACGAUAUUUGGGUAUUAUUGAAGAGAGAACAAAUGAAUUACUUACUGCUCAAGCAACAAUUAAUGCUAAAGAACAAAAUAUUCCAUUACGUGAACGUGCACCUAAUCUAAUUGGUGAUGGUCCAACUGGACCAGCACCUCAUGUUCAAGUUCAUCUACCAAAUGCUGAUGAUCGUCGUGAUUUUGAUGAAAAAGAAGAUAGAGGAGAAGAAGAACUUAAACCAUUAACACGUGAAGAAUUAAAACAACGUGCACUUGAACAAGUUAAAAAUUUAGAACGAAAAGCUUUACAAGAACAAAGUAAAUAUGCUGAUUUAGCACCAACAACAACACGUGAAAAAAGUUCAACAAGUAUAUCAAGAACAGGUGGUGGAGAAACUGGAAAACCACCAACAUCUCGAGGACGUUAA